AUGAUUUUCUCAAUAUACUUUUUAAAGUUUAUUCAUUUCAAAGAAGCUUCUCAACGAGCGAUGCCCGGAAAAAUUGAGAUGAUGACUGCUGGCAAGCACAAAGAGAAUAUAAAGGAUUAUAACGACGUCAAAGAUGAUAUCGAUCUCGAUGAAGAAAAGAAUUCUCAGAAAACGGGCUCCAAAAAGACUGACAAGGAUAUUAAAGAGAAGGAGAAGGACGGCAAAGAAAAGAAGAAAGACGGCAACAAGAAGGGCAUCAAAGAGAAAGAUAAGCAAGCCGAUAAGCCCAAAGAAACGAACGAGAAAGCCAAUGUGCCCGAAUCUUCAGCUGAUACAGGAACAAACCAGGAUAGCCACGCUAGAGAGAACAAUGAAUCCAGCAGCGCAAUGAAACUGAGACCGAUGGAGAGCACCAUGAAGCCAGCCUCAAACGACUCCGCUCCAGCUCCUCAACGCGAACAACAAAUACAGAAGAAAAAGAAAUGCUGUUGCACCACCAGCUCGAAACGACUUGGCGCUUGGUUAAGGAAAAUGGGCGGACAAAGGCUAGAAAAAAAGGAAACGAGACCUGUCGAGGGCAUCAAGAUCAGCAUUGAAGAUUUAAUGGCGUCAGCCGGCAAUCAGCAGAAUUACAAUCUCCACUCGGGAGGUGAUCAACCACAAAAAGCUCGCAUACAGUCUUGGGAUUUUCCGAAAGCGGUUGAGCGGUUUAAGAAAAACGAAUAUGAAGGGGGGAAUUUGGAUGAUGAUUGUUUCGUUGGUCCCGUGGCGCCGAAGAUGACUACUGAGAAGGAUCUCAUCGAUCUCAACUAUGAGGAUCCACAUCAACGAUCGGGCAACUCGUUAUUUGCAUCACAGAUAGACGAGAAUCAAGCCGUUGACGCUUUCAUGAUGAGCACUUCUCCAAAUCCUUCUGAACGAAAAUUCCAGCCAAUUGAAGAAUACAUUGAACAAGACCUAAAUGCUCGAAAACGCCGCGACGAGACUGCGAAUGCCUGUAAAAAUGAGAUGAUGGGCGCUUGCAUGGGUGAAAGAGGCUUCAACGCAAAAGCCGGCAAUUCAAGCGGAAGUGAUAGCUGGAGUUCCAUAAACUCUGAAAAUGAUGAAUUGUAUGGAACUGACCGAAAAACGAUUGCUCCUCAAACCUGGAACGGAAAUGAUUCUAUCAGAUUUGGAAACACUCAAACUUAUCAAUUCGCUUCUACUCCGACCAACAACAUUCUCAUCGAUUCAAAUCUUCCAGUCUCCGGUUAUUAUCAUAAGAAGCCACUUUUGGACGGAGCUCAGGAAAACCGCUACGCUCAACAGCUGGGACUAUCAACACAAGAAGUGAAGGGAAAUGCUGAAAAUCGGCUUCUUCGAAAGGAUCGUUUCGGAAAGAUGGUCAAGACGCGGCCAGUGAAGAAACUUGAGCGAGAUUCGACUUAUGUCGCAAAAAGAGGAGCAUCUGUGUUGAGCGAUCACGAUAUUAACAAAAUCUUGGAACUUUUGGAUGAGCCUGUCAUUGCAACAACAAAGAAAAAUCCCAGGAAGAAGAGUAAGAAGGUGAAGAUAGCUGAAGAGGCAACUUUUAAGCAAAUGGAUGAGGCGGUUGACCAAGAACUAGUUGAAAUGGCUAGAAAUUCACCAACAUUACUUACCAGAACAGACGCCAAUGAAAAAACCGCAGAGGGAACCGACUCGUGUAUUUAUGAGACUAUCGAGGAAGCGGAAGCUAAUGAGCUUAAAGCUGCUUUGCAAGCAUCACUAGCUAUCCAAAAUGAAGUCUCAAAGAAAAUGCAAGAGGUGAUAAAGCCUCGAGUCUCUCAACAGAUUGGUUAUGCUUCGUCGGCAAAACAAACCGCUGCGAACACCUUCAUUACGCGGACCGAAUCUUUUCCAUCAUUGAGUGAGGCUGUUAUAAUGAAGAAUGAUGUGAGUGGAAAACACCAACACUCUACUCCAAUCAAACCAAAGAGUGAAUUUCUUCAUAAGAAGUCUUCAAAGAAAGGAAAAGACUUGCACUUGGCUACUAGAGAUGUCUUAAAACACUCACUUGAUGAAUCAGAUCAAUUGAAAGUGCUCAUUGUUGAUGAGGAUCCAUUGACACCGAUUGGGGACAUCACUCAACUGCAUGGAAUCACUUUCUUUUACGAUGAAACCCUUGAACAGUCGAAUGGUGAUAUUGGAAAACAACAAGGAGUGGAGGAACCAGUCGACGAGUCGGGCAUUGGAUCUUCUUACAACACGCCUGCUAAAGAACAAAAUGAGACUGUUGAAGGAAUAUCUUCAAGUGUGACCUCUUCUUCUGAGCCCAUCAUCCAAGCGCCAGCAGUCAAAUCUUUGUUCUCCAAUCUUUCCAAAAAAUCAAACGCUCUGUAUCAAAGACUCACAGGCGCAUGGAAUGCAUUCCAACACACUGGAACAAAGCCAAUUGUCUAUGUCUGCGGAAAAGAACUC